AUGACAGAGGAGCAGUUCACGGCAGGGGUGUACCGAGUGGAGUUUGACACCAAAGCCUACUGGAAGAGCAAAGGCACCACGGCGUUCCACGAGGUCGCAGACGUUGUGUUCGAGGCUCACACAGAGGGGCACCGUCACUACACCCUGGCUCUGCUGCUCAGCCCAUACUCCUUCACCACCACCGCACUCACCAUCAACGCACACCAGUGA